AUGGCUGUCCAGUCAAGCUUGCUCACAAAAGCUGUCUCCAAUGCGAUGCAGCGGAUUGCACCGACGUUCCUCGCCGGCUCCUGGGACAACGUGGGCCUGCUUCUUGAAUUGCCAGCUCCGCCUUCUUCCCGCGUCCCCAAUCGAGCGCGUCACCAUCUUUCUGCCACAUCCUCAGCUCACCCAAUCUAUAGUCUGACACCCGCCGUCUGCGACGAAGAUAUCGCGCUGGGCGCAGGCGUUGUGGUUUCAUACCACACCCCCAAUCUUCUCGGGCCUCAAAAGCCUCACCCUUUUCACACCGCUCCAGGCCAGCCUCCUCCGCUGCGCUGCCAACGGCGUGUCGGUCGUUGA